UGAUAAGAGGAAACGAUGGGGACUUUUCAUUGGCAACUACCAAUUGUAUUCUGCUUACUCGCUUCUGUGGUUACAUUAGGCUCUGCUACUGGGGAGCACUCACAAAGGUUUCCUCACACCGUGGACGUGAACCGAAAUGAAGGAGCGUUGUGUCCUCGAAUAAACAUCGGAGAGGACGAUUUGCCAGGAUUUGAUAUACUUUCUCAGUUUCACUUAGGCACAGCUUCUGCGUUAGGAGGUGUCCAGACUGUGGCUGGAUCUACACCUAUGCAGAUUGCCUAUAGAAUGGGACCAGAAGCAAACUAUAGGAUAAAAACGAGGUCGGCGUACCCUCUGGGGCUACCGGAAGAGUUUUCCUUUCUCACAACUUUUCGCAUGAGUGGCAGCACCAUUACUAAGGAUUGGAAUAUUUGGCAGAUUCAAGAUUCCUUAGGCAACGAACAACUUGCAGUAAGAGUUAACGGCGGGACACAGUCCCUGGAAUUCUCGUGCACCACAAGGGAUAACCGACCUCAGACGAUUGUCUUCUCAUUUCUACCGUUCCUAUUCGAUUCCCAGUGGCACAAGAUUUUAAUAAGCAUUGAAAGGGGCGCUCUGACUCUUUUCAUUGACUGCAUCAUGAUAGACUCGCACACUCUUCUCCCAAGAGGCACAGUAAAUCUCGAUGGCUUUACCCUGAUAGGAAAACUAAAGGACACCCCUGCGAUUGCUGUACCAUUUGAACUUCAGUGGAUGUUAAUUCAUUGCGAUCCAAAACGACCGCAAAGAGAAACCUGCAAUGAACUUCCAGCGAGAAGAUCGGUUAGUGCUAGAAAUGAGUUUCUAAUGAAUUUCAAAAUGCCUGCUGACUUGACGGCGCCUACCGGGAUUUCUUACCUUUCUGUUACUGGUAGGGGAUUCAGUUGGGGGUUUUGUCUCGGGGGUCCAAGAGUCCAACUAAGCCCAGAAAAAAGACAUAUUUGCUUUCUUGCUAGCCAUAGGGUAACCAUGGCCAGCGCCACCAGCAAUCGUGGACCUCUCUUUAUAGUCAUUUUACUUCAGAUUGCCUUCAUUUGUUCAGCUCAAAGAGGCCCAGUUGGUCCCCGAGGUACACCUGGCCUCGCUGGCCCUGCAGGCGUCCCUGGAAUCGACGGCAUAGACGGUGAGAGAGGUGAGGAUGGCCCAACAGGUCCCCCCGGCCUAGACGGCGACCUAGGUAAACCCGGAUCAGCAGGAUUGCCAGGCGAGCCAGGAGCUGACGGAUUAACAGGCCCCGACGGAGAUCCUGGCCCAGAUGGCCCUAUUGGGCAAAAGGGUGAGCCUGGUGCGACAGGACCCCGUGGAUCAGCAGGUUCAGGCCCAGAUGGACCUCCUGGUCCACCAGGUGCAGGAGGAAUUCCAGGAGGACUUGGACGUUUAGGGCCCCUGGGUGAUGCUGGAGUUCAAGGGCCUCCUGGUCCACCUGGUCCCCCUGGGCCUCGAGGUGCUGCCGGAUUUCAUGAUGGCAGUGGGGAGUUGUGUCCCAAUGCCUGCCCUCCUGGCUCGCCAGGCCAUCCUGGUCUUCCGGGAAUGAAGGGACAUAAAGGAGUAAAAGGAGAAUCAGGUGAACCAGGAAAGCAGGGACACAAGGGUGAAGAGGGUGACCAGGGGGCCUCUGGGGAGGUCGGUGCUCAAGGCCCUACAGGUCCUCAGGGUAUAAGAGGAAUCACAGGCAUGAUGGGACCUAAAGGUGAAAGGGGUGCUGGUGGACAUGAUGGUGAACCAGGUCCUCAGGGUCUGCAAGGCGCAACUGGCGAUCAAGGUCAGAGAGGCGUUGUGGGUGAGACUGGGCCAAAAGGUGACGUUGGGUCGCAAGGUCCAAGAGGAAUUUCAGGGCUCCCAGGUUCAAAAGGAGAAUCCGGAUUACCUGGCGUGGAUGGACGUGAUGGGAUCCCUGGGAUGCCAGGUACAAAGGGUGACUCUGGCAAACCAGGUGCUCCAGGUGAAUCUGGACUUCAGGGUCUUCCAGGCUUACCUGGUUCUUAUGGUGCAAAGGGUGGUGCUGGUGAUAAGGGUGAUUCCGGAGCCUCUGGUUUACUUGGAACAAUGGGAAUGCUGGGAGCCCUCGACCUUCCCUUGGAUGAAAGAGGAGGCAUGCAAAGUUUGGUGGACCAGCCAUCCGGUAAUAACCCUCAAUGGGGAGUUUUGAUAAAGAGGGAUCCCUUCAUUUCUAGAAGAAGCACUGCUGCAAAGGGUGAAAGAGGUGUGCCGGGUCCAUCUGGUCCCACAGGUACACCAGGACUCCGGGGCUCAAAAGGUGAUCCUGGUCUGCCAGGUCUUCCUGGUCCCCCAGGCCUGCCCGGAGUUAAAGGAGACAGGGGUGCUGUUGGUUUGGAUGGUCCUAAAGGAGAACAAGGUGAUGCUGGAUCAGAGGGCACAUCUGGUGAUAAAGGUGAUCAGGGUAAUCAAGGAGAACCAGGACCCAAAGGAUCUACUGGUCACCCUGGUGAGCCUGGCAGUCGAGGCCCUGAGGGCAGCCGUGGCCAGUCUGGCAUUGAAGGACCCUCUGGCUCCCCUGGACCUCGCGGGAUGCAGGGAGAUCGGGGUGUGCCUGGCCUGCCUGGGUCACAGGGGCCGGCUGGUAAAGAGCCCAGUGAUCAGCAUAUAAGACAAGUUUGUAUGCGAGUUAUGCAGGAACAGUUAGCCCAGCUGGCAGCCAGCCUCCGGAGACCAGAAUCAGGUGCUGCUGGUCUGCCUGGGCGCCCUGGGUCUCCUGGGCCUCCUGGCCCUGCUGGCGACAGUGGCUUCCCUGGACAGGCCGGCCCACGAGGAUUACCGGGUCUGAAAGGACCUCCCGGGCUGCUCGGCCUCAAGGGGCCUAAAGGUGAAAUGGGUGAAAGGGGCGAUAGAGGCAUCACAGUACGAGGAUCAAAAGGCUUGCCUGGAGCACCCGGUCUGCCAGGUGAGCCUGGCAGACCUGGAUAUGGCAGGGAGGGACGUGAUGGUGAAAGAGGGCCCCCUGGAGUGCCUGGACAGCCUGGUAUCCCUGGUCCUCCUGGUCCAGCUGGACCUUCUGGUUACUGUGAUCCGUCAGCAUGCAACUUGCAAGCGAUCGCUGCACCUCAGUCUCUGAAGGACUCCAAUGUAAAAGGACCUUGAGCUGGUCCCUGUGUCAGCAGUAACUGCAAACAUGCUGCAGGUUCAAGAGAACUGAAAACAAGACAUGGGAGAGCAGUCAAAAAACAGACUUUAUAAAGACAAGCAAGCAUUUAAUACUGUAAGAUUUAUAUAUAUAUAUAUAUAUAUAUAUAUAUAUAUA